CUUGGAGAGUUGUUGGGAGUUAAAGUGCCACGUCUGCUUGUCGGGGACAGUCAUGAACUUGCCAGAGGCUGUUGUCUGUUAGCUUACGACUACAAUCCGAACUCCGUGAGGCCCGGGGGAAGGGUCUCUGUCUUUCCUGCAGAGGGGCUCUGUCUGGCUCCAGCACCAUGAGGCCCUUGCUCUGGAAUGCAGUCUGGACCCUGCUGGUCACGCCUCUGAGCGGGGCUCUGAUACCGGAGCCAGAAGUGAAGAUUGAAGUUCUCCAGAAGCCCUUCAUCUGCCACCGUCAGACCAAGGGUGGGGACCUGAUGCUGGUCCACUACGAAGGCUUCUUGGAGAAGGACGGCAGCUUAUUUCACUCCACGCACAAGCAUAACCAAGGCCAACCCAUCUGGUUUACUCUGGGCAUCCUGGAAGCCCUCAAAGGCUGGGACCAGGGCUUGAAAGGCAUGUGUGUGGGGGAGAAGAGAAAGCUCACCAUCCCCCCCGCCCUGGGCUAUGGAAGAGAAGGAAAAGGUAAAAUCCCCCCAGAGAGCACACUGAUAUUCAACAUUGAUCUCCUGGAGAUCCGAAACGGACCGCGGUCCCACGAGUCUUUCCAGCAGAUGGAUCUCAAUGAUGACUGGAAGCUCUCCAAAGACGAGGUCAAAGUAUAUUUAAAGAAGGAGUUUGAGAAGCAUGGCGCGGUGGUGAAUGAAAGCCAUCACGAUGUUUUGGUGGAGGACAUUUUCGAUAAAGAAGAUGAAGACAAAGACGGGUUUAUAUCUGCCAGAGAGUUCACAUAUAAACACGAUGAGUUAUAGAGCCAUGUCCGCUUAUUAUAUCACAAUAGCCACCCUUCAGGGGAGGGUUGUUUUUAAUAUGUUCUGUUCUUGCUUUUUUUGUUUGUUUGUUUUUAUAUAUCUUUGAUGUUAUUUGAAGAAAAAGUACCAUUCCUCUUUGGUAAGUUAUUAGGUAAAAAUUUUUGCUAAUAAAAAAUAAUUAUAAUAAAAAAG